AUGCUCAUUAAAAGAAUUACAAAUGCUGAAAAUAGAGAACAAGUGCUCUAUUCCUUGCUCAUUAGGAGUGACAAUAGGCAUGCAAACCUCAUAGUUGGCAGGAAAAGACAGAUAGAAUAUCACAAAUAUGAGUUUACACAAAAAGAACCCAUCUUUAUUGAUUCAGUUGAGUUUUCUGAAGAUAUCCUUGAGCUCAAGAAAAUUGGCCAAGAUGUCUUGGUUUUGCUGAACAAUCUUCAAAUGUACUGCCUUAUUUUACAUGAUGAUAAGAUUGAGAAGAAAUACGUAGCAGUUAUUAGAUCCUUUGCUGAUACUCCAAUAUCUCGGGUGAAGCAUACCUCAUGAGAAAUUUCUCAGAAUAUGGACUAUGGACUUCUUAAUGCCUUUUCUAAUUCAUUAGUGAUCUUAUACUUUUCUAAUAAGAGUGAAGAAGGAAAGGAAGAAUGUAAAGAGCCCCAAAGUACAGGAAAAAGCUUAAAUAUUGAUACAAGGAUCAAGUAUUAUGACUUCAAAGUUAAUUCUUCUCUCUUGAUAAUUAAUCAAGGGAAGGAAGGGGAAUCAAUUUGGCAUUUGAAUGAAGAACACUAUUUGGUCAAAAGUCCUGUACAGAAGAUAAACUCAUCAGUAGAUGUUGUAUCUGAUGAAUCCAAUCUUAUUCAUUGUGAUAGAACGAUCAUUGACAUUGGUUACUUCAAUAAGACCCAUAUUGUGUUGAUGCAAACUGAUGGGAUAAGCUUCUUUAAUCUGAAAGAUCUUUGAGUAAGCUCUAAAUUAGACACCCAGGGAGUAACAUUGAUUAAUUUACUUCCUUUAUACGAUGGGGCAUUCGAGGGUACAACUUCAUUGAUUGGAAUCACUUCAAAUAAAGAUUUGGUACACUAUUCUCUCAUCAGCAAAAGGGAAGAAAUAAAGAUACAGAAAUUAACACCCAUAUCCUCAAGAAAAACAAACGUCACAAGUAUUUCCUCAUGAGCAGUUAAUAAGAACCGCUAUCUGGUCUACACAGGAACCUGAUUUGGAUCUCCCUCUCUAUCUUCUUUUUCAAAAUGAGAUGAUACUCAAGUGCAUAUUUACAGUUUCCAGAAGAAUUAUGGUAGAAUGAAGUCACUUUGAAUGCACAACAAUGCUCUUACGUUCUCAUAUGGAAGCGAAAGUUCAACAAUUGAUAGUAUAGAGUCCUCCUCGAAUAAGCUAACAAUGAGUUGAGACCUUUCUUCUGUGCUUUCUGAAAUAAAGCCCUCAGAAGAUUCCUUUUGUGAUUUAAAGAUAUGUAACGUAACACCAAAUUUGAAAGUAGAAUUUGAAAAAGAAUCGGUAUUAAUUACAGUGGGAGAGCACAUUCUAUGAUUUUUAUCAACCCCAUAUGAGACUUAUGUGUUGAUUUUGAACACAGAAAAAUAUUGCCUAGAGGUAGUGCAGAUCCUUCCUUUCGCUACAAGGGAUGCCUACCUCACUAACACUCAUUUUGUGUUGAUAAGCAAUGAAGUAGUUUCGGUUUGUACAUUCAAACAAUUUUUAGAAACAGAUUUCUGAAUAAAAGAUAUUAAUGAAGUCACGAGGUCUGGAGAAGGUAUCCAAUGCUGAGAAGAGCAAGCACCGCUAGAGAUAAUAUCUUCAACUCUCUCUGAAGAUGUAUUAGUGAUUUAUACCUCAGCCAGAGUCUUAUCCGUCUAUAAAAUCUCAGAAGGUUUAGAUAAGCCUUCUUAUGUUGAAAAGACUAUUGAGAGUGUAGAAAUUUCAAAUAUUUGCCUGAAUGAGAACAUUUUAGCCAUGGCAGUCAGAUCUAAGAAUAAAGAGCAUAUUAUGAAGUAUGAAAUAAGCAUGCAUAUUUUUGAGGAUGAUAAAUUCAGACAUUUAUAUUCCAUUCCUAUCUGGGCGGAAGAUCUUAAUGAUAAGGCCCAGAAUGCAUUCUUCAUUACAGAUUUAUACUUUGGAAAUGAUGUCCUGCAGUAUACCUAUAACCAUACUCUCACCAUUCAGAGAAAGGGAAUCUUGAGAUCAAUCCAGAAGUUUAGCAAACAAACUUCCCAAGAAGCAGAACAUUUCUCAGAAGAUAAUAUUUUUGAGCUCCAUAGAAUAAUCUAUGCCGAUGAUAGCUCUGUCAAGGUUGGAGAAACAAAGCAGAUGGAAGGCACCUACAUGACUAAGGGAGAACAUCAGAAAUCUCAUAUAAUUUCUAAUGUUGAUCAAAAGUUGCAGGUUCAGCUUACUCCCCAACAAAUCUUGAAUGUCUACAAAACAGGGCAUAAAGAAGAAGUGCACAAGUUAGAAGAGGAGGUGCACGUGAAAGAGUUUAUUGAAAGUUCUUCCGAGAUUUCAUCUGGGUGCUUUUUUGUCUCUCAGAAUAAUAGAGUUUAUUUCCAAACAGGAGUGGGGUCUCAACAGAAUAACACCAAGCUGUUUAAAUGUAGGGUUAGGCACCAAAUAGUAUGUGCUAGUAAAAUUUGUAAAGUAAAAGACGUAUUUGGGGAUAAUUCAAUCUUCGAUGAAAAAUAUCAGUAUGUUCUCUGAGUUUCUACAAAAUCAAAUGAAGUUUCGAAGCAUAUGGAAUGAAACUUAGUAACAAUUGGGAUAAGUAUCUCUUCAGAUCAAUCUUCAGGGAAUGUUCAGAUAGAAUCGACUUCAAUCACUAGAACUAUCGGAUAUCAACUGAUUACCUCCAUUUAUUUAAUGGAAAAGUAUAAAGAAAGCAAUGCUGGGUAUGCUCCUGUUCAAAAUAUUCCAAAUGUAAUCCUUGGCUGAGUGACUUCUCUUCUCAAUUUGGAUUUCAAAAGCAAUCAUGUUGAAACAGACAUCGAAAUGUCUUCUCAAGAAGGUCAAUCCCAGAGCCAGGAUGCUAACAUGAGUGAAGAAGAGCAAAAGCAAGCUACUCCUGAAUCUACUCAGACUAGGUUUGAUGCUACAAAUCCAGACUCAGUGAUUUUGGUGGUGAAGCCUGUUCGAAACUUCUCUUUUACUUGGAUUUCUAAGAUUUUGACCUACAAUUUUGAAGAAAAAUAUCUUGUAGUGCAUGAUCUCAUGAAAGGUAUAUCCUUGUUGAACAACACUAGUGAUAACUUUGAAUACCAUCAUGAAAAGAUUGCAUUAAUCGAAAACCCAAUUUUGUUAGAAUCACACAGAAUCAGUGACUCACUGUUUCUCUGCCAAGAUGAUGCUGGAGUGAUCUCCCUCAUUGGUGUUGAUGACACUGACCUUAAUCAAUCUCAGACAGUGAAGACUGUCUACAAGAAGGCAGAAUAUCUCCUCAAAGAGAGGAUUACUUGCUUCUUGUCGCUUUCUUAUGAUACUUCUCAUAUUAUCAAUAAUCAGAACAUAGCUUUUAGCACUUUUGAGGGUAAUAUUUACACUAUCAAGAUUCUGGAGAAGGAAAUGGUUCCAUUCAUCUCAAAAAUUCAGUUUAAUAUCCUGAAGAGACUUACCAAUAGCCUCGAAGAGAACGAACAACUUUUAAAGAAGUAUGAUGAAGGAUUUAGAGGCGGCUUUAGCGGAAAUCUUAUCGCUCAGUUCUUUGAUGUAGACUUGAAAGAGGUCAAACAGCUCUUGGGAGAAAUCAAAGGCUACAAUCUACUAAGUCUAAAGAUGUUAUUCUAUUAGAGAGAAUGUAAAAUUCAAUCUUUUUGA